CAACAAUCUCUCGAUCCGUUAACGUCUAAAGCGGAAAGUUCCGUCCAAAAUAAUUUUGAACUCUGGCGUUUUACGCGUUUUGAAAGUUAGAACCAGAAGUUUUUUCAGUGCGGAGUGCAGCUGGCCAAAAGGAUACACAUAGUUGCGAACAAAGGAGCCAAACGAAAGACUUAGGAAGCGAACGCGAUGACGACGGACAAGAGGCCGGAAUCACAGGGCCUUUGGCUCCUGCCCCUGAUGCUGCUGUUGCUGGUUGGACAGGUCACCACACAGGAACCGCCGGCAGCUCCAUCCGAAUUCGCCCCCCAUGUGACGGCCACUUGCAAGGCGGGCACGAUGAACAUCAAGGUGAAGAUGAGUUCCGGCUACACGGGCGCCGUCCACGUCCGGGAUUACCGAACUCCCGGCUGUAUGGCCAUGGGCGAUGGCAGCGACCAGGUGGCCUUCAGCCUCAAUCUGUGGGCCAAGCAGGGCGCCAGCGACUACUGCGGCAUCCUGGUCAGCAACGUGAGUGGAAGCAAUCGCACCGAGGAGCGUUCCAUCCAACUGGCCGUGCGUGUGCACAAGACUCUGGAACUGGCGGACGAUAAGUUUUAUGUGAUUACCUGUGGCAAAUCGGGCUUCGCGCGCGAUGACAAUGCCCAUGUUGUGCUCAAGUUCCUGGAGAAUGAUCACCGAGUGCGUGAGACGGUCUACGGCCAUGAGUACAAAAUUCGAGCCGAGUUCUCCAAGCCAAACGAUACCUAUGGCCUGCGUGUGGGCAACUGCUUCGCGUUUGACAAGAAGAACAGGACCCAAAAGCUCACCGACGACAGCGGCUGCCCCUAUGAUUCCAAGAUCAUCAGUCGUUUUGUACCCACAGCAGAUGGCCGAGCUGCCGAGGCGGUGCUCUCCUCUAUGUUUAAGUUCCCCGAGGGUUCCGAGGUGCAUCUGCAGUGCGAUGUGAUCCAGUGCUAUGGUCGGUGUGUGGAGAUCGAUGACUGCAACGACGUGGCCCUGGCUGGUUUUGGCAAGGGCACCAAUGGACCUCGGAAAUUCGGGCCAAAUGAGGAGGGUUCCAGCUUGGCUGGGACUACGGUCUUUGUGCUCGAUCCCGCCGAGGCUAGAUUAAUCUCGGGCAAUUGCGAGGAUGGCAUACGACCCAGUUGGCUGCUGUGGCUGACCAUCACCCUGGGCGUACUCUUCCUGAUCAUGCUGCUGAUGAACAUCUUCCUGUGCACUGCCAUGAGCUGCAGCUGUGCUAAUACAGAGAUUAUCGAGAAGGAGCCAUCGAUCAUCGAGGAGUACGAUCCUUACCGCAGUUGGCAUGGCAGCCAGUACGGAUCCCGUUACUCGCUGCACGGCAGGGAUGCCCACAAGGGCUAUACCAGCGGCGGCUCCACGAUACACUCAAAUAGGUCGAUGCCAAUCGAUAACGAUAACGAUUAUGCAAUUGUGCAUUCGCGUCCCGGCUCUAGACAUUCCACGUUACACGGACAGCGCGCCCAUCGGGGACCGCCCAGUAAUAUAUGAUCAGAUCCCAAUCGAUAAGAACGCGACCAUAAUGAACAGUAGUUCUUUAAGCUAAGCUAAGUACUUCCCAUCUCUCCAUUUCGAACUUGAGUCUCAAAUGUAUAUAACUAAGUGAAAAUGAACGCCCUACAAGUUUUCCAAAUUUUCUCCAAAACGAUGGUAGAGAGACGAUGCCGCUGUAAAAUACUAAACUAAACGUACUAAAGUUCUCUUUGCCUAAUUUUAAUUCAACCACUUAACCAUAAGUCAUUAGUCUGUCAUAAGUGCGAACGAAUGUGUAUUAGUGAAAUGUUUCAACUACUUGUAAAAAUAAACGAAGGCAGGCCAACAAAAUUAAUUUAAAAGAUGAUAAAACCAAUAAUAUAGUCUGAAAUGUUAAAAAGCAAACAUUUGGCAAAUGCGUUAAACGUACGAAUUGUAAUUAAUUUAAAGUGUAAUCAUUUAAUUUAAUAAAAACUAAAAAGACAA